GCAGGCCGGGCGCACCCAGCCGCCACUUCCGAGAGCGCUUGUCGCCCGCGCGCCGCCGAGCCAGCUCCCAGGAUGCCGAACUGGGGAGGAGGCAAGAAAUGUGGGGUGUGCCAGAAGACGGUUUACUUUGCUGAAGAGGUGCAGUGUGAAGGCAGCAGCUUCCAUAAGUCCUGCUUCCUAUGCAUGGUCUGCAAGAAGAACCUGGAUAGCACCACUGUGGCCGUGCACGGGGAGGAGAUCUACUGCAAGUCCUGCUAUGGCAAGAAGUACGGCCCCAAAGGCUAUGGCUACGGGCAGGGCGCAGGCACGCUGAGCACCGACAAGGGGGAGUCAUUGGGCAUCAAGUAUGAGGAGGGCCCUGGCCACAGGCCCACCACCAACCCCAAUGCGUCCAAGUUUGCCCAGAAGGUUGGCGGCUCCGAGCGCUGCCCCCGCUGCAGCCAGGCAGUUUAUGCAGCGGAGAAAGUGAUUGGUGCUGGGAAGUCUUGGCAUAAGUCCUGCUUCCGAUGUGCCAAGUGCGGCAAAGGCCUUGAGUCAACCACCCUGGCAGACAAGGAUGGCGAGAUUUACUGCAAAGGAUGCUAUGCUAAAAACUUCGGUCCCAAGGGCUUUGGCUUUGGGCAAGGAGCUGGGGCCUUGGUCCACUCUGAGUGAGGCCACCACUGCCUGCCGCCCCCUGCCCACUCCUGUGCUUCCAUCACCAUUCCCUUCCCAGCAGCCUUGGAGAUCUCCAGGAUUUGCUCUCUCAGCCCUGCCACGCAUCACUAAUGACUUGAACUUGGGCAUCUGGCUCCCUUUGGUUUGAGGGUCUGCCUGAGGUCCCACCCCACUAAGGAGCGCCCCCCUACCUGGCAUCUGACGCCAUCACCAGUAGGAGACCUCAGUGUUUUUAGUCUAGGUGGGACCAGGCCCCCUGUCCCCACACCUCACCCACAGACCUUUGUUCUCAGCCCCUAGGCUGAGUGUCCAUCACCAACUGGUCCUCACCAACAGGUCAAGACACCUGAGCCCAUAUCCUGGAGCCCAGAGAAGCAGCAGCAAUAGUCCUGGAGGGCGAGAGCAACAGGACGAAGAUAGGGUGGGGAAGGCUAUGGUUUAUGUGAUCCUAGAUGUUCCCCUCUGUGGGACAGAGCGUGGGCUUCUUGGUGUCCUUCUGAGCACACCUGAGGAGAGCCAGCUUGGUAGUCACUAUGGGAGGCAGAGGCAUGCGGCAGGGUCAUGGACCAUCGAUGGGAGCCACCUGCUUCUCUAGGGCCUUUGAGUGUCUGUGGCACUGGUGUCCUCCAUUCGAGGCUGGAGGAGAACAACCCAGCUCUGAGGACCCCCAACGUCAAGACGUUGUCUGACAUCAGGCAUCUAGUUCCCUGUUGGAUGGGGGGACCCUAACGAAACACCUCCAACACAUAUUCACAUUUAUCAGUGGUCCAAAUCUUAGGGUAGUUAGCUCUGGCCUUAUCCCUGGGUCCUGAUACUGUGGGCAGUCCCUCCCCUGUCCCAGCACAGCCUAGGCCAGUGUUCUGUUCUUGCCACACCUGCUUGACCCUCAGAUGUGGGGGGAGGCAGACAUAGCUUCAGUCUUCAUCCAGAUACCCCUUCCCUCUGUGCCCAGUCCUCAGCCCUUUCCACCCCACCCUUCUCCACAGACCCUUCUCUGGCCCCAUCACCCCACCCCUUCCAGGCCCCCAGAUCAGGAGCAGCGGGAGGAGGGGGAGGGGCUGGGCCUUGCUGCUCCCAGUGACUGAAAGGACAACACUAUCUGGAGCUGUCCACUGAAAGGGCUGCAGGCAUGGGAUCUAUUCAAGCCCAUUUCUCAUCUGGUCAAUAAAGCUGUUUAGAACAGAA